GGCGGUGGAGCCGGGAAGUGCACGGAGCCGGGGCGCAGCGUGGUGGCACCAGACACCUCCCUUUCCCCCGCCGCUUUCUUUCUUCAGUUUUUUUUUUUUUUUCUUUCCCCACCUCCCCGUCUCCCUCCUCGCUCGGGUUGCUGCUCCAGCCUCUCAGUCGGGUCGCUGAUCCUCGGCGGGUGCCGCCUUCGCUCCCGCCUUCGCCUCCUAGCAGCGCCCGGACUCUCGAAGCGAAAGCUUGUCUGCCCGCGGCUCAGACUGUCAGCUCUGCGGCCGCGCGGCCGGAGCGCGGGGUGUGGGCGCCGCCGCUUUCCGAGACGCCCGCCGCACGGCGCCGCGGGGGCAGCACCGGCGCCUGGGUCCUGGGGACCGCUUGGGCGGCUGCUUCCUCUCCCGCCUGCCUCCAGAGCCCGGCGAUGGUGGCCGCCCGCGCUCCCGCGCUGUAGCCGGGCGCCCCCUAAGUUUGGGAGCCGCCGCUGCCGCUGCGCGCGAAGGCGUCUACUGAGAAGGAAGAAAGUUUUGCGGGGUGCGCCGAGCGGGCCCUGGGCACACCUCCGUUCGUUCCCUCCCCGCUUCCCGGCGCCUGGAGCCCGUUGGCGGGGAGUGGGGGGAGGCCGCAUGGCUCGCGAGUCGGAGGAAGAGGAGACGGCGGGGGCGGCCGCCCUGGCUGGUUUCUGCCGGGGCUCGCCCGACCGGGCCGGGGCCGGGGCCGGGGCGCGGCGGCCGCCCCUGUGGCUGCUCUUCCUGGUAGCGUGUUGGCUUCUGGGGGCCGUGGCCGACGCGGACUUCUCCAUCCUGGACGAGGCGCAAGUGCUGGCAAGCCAGAUGCGGAGACUGGCGGCUGAGGAGCUGGGGGUUGUCACCAUGCAGAGGAUAUUCAAUUCCUUUGUUUACACUGAGAAAAUCUCAAAUGGAGAAAGUGAAGUACAGCAGCUAGCCAAAAAAAUCCGAGAGAAGUUCAACCGUUACUUGGAUGUGGUCAACCGGAACAAGCAAGUGGUGGAAGCAUCCUACACAGCCCACCUGACCUCUCCCCUUACUGCCAUACAAGACUGCUGCACAAUCCCACCUUCUAUGAUGGAAUUUGAUGGAAACUUUAAUACCAAUGUAUCUAGGACAAUUAGUUGUGAUCGACUUUCUACUACUGUUAAUAGUCGAGCCUUCAAUCCAGGACGAGACUUGAAUUCAGUGCUUGCAGACAACCUGAAAUCCAACCCUGGAAUUAAGUGGCAGUAUUUCAGUUCGGAAGAAGGAAUAUUUACUGUUUUUCCAGCACACAAGUUCCGGUGUAAGGGCAGUUAUGAGCAUCGAAGUAGACCUAUCUACGUCUCUACAGUCCGGCCACAGUCAAAGCACAUAGUAGUGAUUCUGGACCAUGGGGCUUCCGUCACAGACACCCAACUUCAGAUCGCCAAGGAUGCUGCCCAGGUCAUCCUCAGUGCCAUCGACGAACAUGAUAAGAUAUCUGUGUUGACUGUGGCAGACACCGUGAGGACCUGCUCACUAGACCAAUGCUAUAAGACUUUCCUGUCUCCAGCCACCAGUGAGACAAAAAGGAAAAUGUCCACCUUUGUCAGCAGCAUCAAGGCUUUGGACAGCCCCACCCAGCACGCAGUGGGAUUCCAAAAAGCAUUUCAGCUGAUUCGAAGCACCAACAAUAACACAAAGUUCCAAGCAAAUACAGACAUGGUCAUAAUUUACCUGUCAGCUGGCAUCACAUCAAAGGACUCUUCUGAAGAAGAUAAAAAGGCAACACUCCGUGUCAUCAAUGAAGAAAAUAGCUUUCUAAACAACUCCGUAAUGAUUCUCACCUACGCCCUCAUGAAUGAUGGGGUUACUGGUUUAAAAGAGCUGGCUUUUCUGAGGGAUCUGGCUGAACAGAAUUCAGGGAAGUAUGGUGUGCUGGACCGGACAACCUUGCCUGUGAUUAAGGGCAGCAUGAUGGUGCUGAACCAGCUGAGCAAUCUGGAGACCACAGUCGGCAGGUUCUAUACCAACCUUCCCAACCGGAUGAUUGAUGAAGCCGUCUUUAGCCUCCCUUUCUCCGAUGAGAUGGGAGAUGGCUUGAUAAUGACUGUGAGUAAACCCUGUUAUUUUGGAAACCUCCUUCUGGGCAUUGUGGGUGUGGAUGUGAACCUGGCCUACAUCCUUGAAGAUGUGACAUAUUACCAAGACUCUUUGGCUUCCUACACUUUCCUCAUAGAUGACAAAGGGUAUACACUUAUGCAUCCAUCUCUUACCAGACCAUAUUUACUCUCAGAACCGCCCCUUCACACUGACAUCAUUCACUAUGAAAAUAUCCCAAAAUUUGAGUUGGUUCGUCAAAAUAUCCUGAGCCUCCCUCUGGGCAGCCAGAUUAUCGCAGUCCCUGUGAACUCCUCCCUGUCCUGGCACAUCAACAAGCUGAGGGAAACUGGAAAGGAGGCCUACAAUGUUAGCUAUGCCUGGAAGAUGGUACAGGAUACUUCUUUUAUUCUCUGUAUUGUGGUGAUACAACCGGAAAUACCCGUCAAGCAACUGAAGAAUCUCAACACGGUUCCCAGCAGCAAGCUCCUCUACCACCGGCUGGACCUCCUGGGCCAGCCCAGCGCUUGCCUCCACUUCAAACAGCUGGCUACUCUUGAGAGUCCAACCGUCAUGCUGUCUGCUGGCAGCUUUUCCUCCCCCUACGAACACCUCAGCCAACCCGAGACAAAGCGCAUGGUGGAGCACUACACUGCCUACCUCAGUGACAACACCCGCCUCAUCGCUAACCCGGGGCUCAAAUUCUCUGUCAGAAAUGAAGUAAUGGCUACCAGCCACGUCACAGAUGAAUGGAUGACACAAAUGGAAAUGAGUAGCCUGAACACUUACAUUGUCCGCCGUUACAUAGCAACACCCAAUGGCGUCCUCAGAAUUUAUCCUGGUUCCCUCAUGGACAAAGCAUUUGAUCCCACUAGGAGACAAUGGUAUCUCCAUGCAGUAGCCAACCCAGGAUUGAUUUCAUUGACUGGCCCUUACUUAGAUGUGGGAGGAGCUGGCUAUGUAGUGACAAUUAGUCACACCAUUCAUUCAUCCAGUACACAGCUGUCUUCCGGGCAUACUGUGGCCGUGAUGGGAAUUGACUUUACACUUAGAUACUUCUACAAGGUUCUGAUGGACUUGCUACCUGUUUGUAACCAAGAUGGUGGCAACAAAAUAAGGUGUUUCAUCAUGGAGGACAGAGGUUAUUUGGUGGCCCACCCAACCCUGAUUGACCCCAAAGGACAUGCACCUGUGGAACAGCAGCACAUCACCCACAAGGAGCCCCUUGUAGCCAAUGACAUCCUGAACCACCCCAACUUUGUAAAGAAAAACCUGUGCAACAGCUUCAGUGACCGGACAGUCCAGCGCUUUUAUAAAUUCAACACUAGCCUUGUGGGGGAUUUGACAAACCUUGUCCAUGGCAGCCACUGCUCCAAAUACAGGCUGACGAGGAUCCCUGGCACCAAUGCAUUCGUGGGCAUCGUCAAUGAAACGUGUGACUCUCUUGCCUUCUGUGCUUGUAGCAUGGUCGACCGGCUCUGUCUCAACUGUCACAGGAUGGAGCAAAAUGAAUGUGAAUGUCCCUGUGAGUGCCCUUUAGAAGUGAAUGAGUGCACUGGCAACCUCACCAAUGCCGAGAACCGAAACCCAAGCUGUGAGGUCCACCAGGAGCCUGUGACAUACACGGCUAUUGACCCUGGGCUGCAAGACGUCCUCCAGCAGUGUGUCAACAGCAGGUGCAGCCAGAGGGUAGAGAGCGGGGACUGCUUUGGUGUGCUGGACUGUGAGUGGUGCAUGGUGGACAGUGAUGGAAAGACUCACCUGGACAAAUCCUACUGUGCACCCCAGAAAGAAUGCUUCGGGGGAAUUGUGGGUGCCAAAAGUCCCUAUGUUGAUGAUAUGGGAGCAAUAGGUGAUGAAGUCGUUACAUUGAACAUGAUCAAGAGCGCCCCUGUGGGUCCCGUUGCUGGAGGCAUCAUGGGAGGCAUCAUGGUCCUGGUCCUCGCAGUAUACGCCUACCGCCACCAGAUCCACCGCCGCAGCCACCAGCACAUGUCUCCCCUCGCUGCCCAAGAAAUGUCAGUGCGUAUGUCCAACCUGGAGAAUGACAGAGAUGAAAGGGACGACGACAGCCAUGAAGACAGAGGCAUCAUCAGCAAUACUCGCUUUAUAGCUGCAGUCAUCGAGCGACACGCACACAGCCCAGAGAGGAGGCGCCGCUACUGGGGACGCUCAGGGACAGAAAGUGAUCAUGGUUACAGCACCAUGAGUCCACAGGAAGAUAGUGAGAAUCCCCCUGGCAACAAUGACCCCUUGUCAGCAGGGGUCGAUGUGGGAAACCAUGAUGAGGACUUGGACCUGGACACCCCGCCUCAGACUGCGGCUCUACUAAGUCACAAGUUCCACCACUACCGCCUCCACCACCCCACACUUCAUCACAGCCACCACUUACAGGCGGCCGUGACAGUGCACACUGUCGACGCAGAGUGCUAACAACCUCCUCACCUCCGGGGGAGUCAGGAUCCGGGAGAUGCAGAAUGUUCUGGAGGAGAAAAGAGCCAGCAUGACGCCCACCACAGAGACCCCUGAGUUGGUUUAACUCAUUUCCUGCCUGUCACCGUGUUUAAAAACCAGAGAAACGGCAACAGAAUCACUUUAGUGAAGCUGCAAGCUGGUUGUGAAAUGGAGGGGGAGUAAGCCUGAGGAGCAAACCUGCCAUAAUACUAAGCAAGUGCAACAGAAAGCAAACCUCCAAGCUUAGAAUGAAACACUGGGAACCCUGGUGAAACUGCGCCAGAGGAAUGUUCCCAGGAGCCAGAAACAUUCAGCUCUCUUUAACUGAAAGAGAGAAAUCUGCUCAGUUGAGACUGGGCGUGUGGCCCGUUGUAUAAAAGGGGUGCUCCAGAGAUGUCACUUGGUUUCUGAGCAGUACCUCACUACCACAUUGCUGUAUGGAACUCAUGUUGAGCUCUAAAUGAUGCAUCUCAAAAUUUCUAAGUAAAGGAUUAUUUUUCUACUAUUUAUUGAACUUUCAAACGUUCUCAGACUGUAGGGGAAAGAAAAGGAAACACGUAAGAAAUUUUCAGCAAUUAUCCCUAGCUGUCUGGUGUGUAAUGAAGUGGUUCUCUGACUAAGGAAUUCUAUUUCUAAUUUAACUGAUACCAUCCCACUGCCCUACUCCACAAAAUGGGAAAAUGAAGAAAUCACUCUCUCUCUGACUUGUUUACAGACAUUUUCUUUAGCACAUCGUCUGGUGGAAACAUGCCUUUAUGUAAUGCAGUAUUCUUUCUCUGUGUUUGACAGAGGUGGAGAGGCACAGAGGAAUCCAAGAAGCUCAAAGUUUGUUUCUUUUUAACUCAUUUCUGCUCUCCAUACAAUGCUUUUCUUAGGUUUCUACGAAACCUAGUAUUACCACCCCAGCCUUUCAGCUAUGAGAGGGUUGGGUUUAAUCUCCUUGUUCUAGAGACUAUAAAUUCUAAAAUGUCCCACUUUGAUUAUGAGAAUAUUGAACACAUGAAGAUUUUUAAAUUCAAAAGUUUGAUUCUUAAAGAUUUCUUUUGAAAUCAUCAUUAAAAGCUGCUGCUGCUGCUGCUGCUGCUGGUUAUCCAAGAAGCUAUCCUCCAAACCGCUUUGUGAUGUCUCCAGAGAUGAAUCAGAUCUGGCUAAUACAACAUGGGGCAUUGUAAUUUUAAAGUAGUGUUCUAAUUACAGUGAUGUAUUUUAGAUUCACAUUUUGUGAUUCAAAUAUGUUAUAAAGACAUUCUUGCACCGUGUGUGUGGUAAAUCUCCGUUUAUAUGUAGUUGGAAAAAUUUCAUUGAAUAAUGUUUUAAUGAUAGGGUAUUACAAUAUAAUGUAAAAAAAAAAUUGGUUCUUCAGCAGUACAGGAAGUCAAGUACAUGUGUCUAUCAGGAAACCCCUUCUACUGUGUAUAAAUUUGCAGCCUAGUGAAAUAAACUGUAUGAACAGACUUUCUUUGGUUCUAGUUAUUUGUGAAUAUGCCCCCUCUUGUGCCCCAAGGCAAAUUGCAGUCACUUGCCAACCUACCAGGGCUCUUGCCAAACCAAAAUCCUCCUUGCAGCAUCAAUGUCAACUUCAGGGACUUCUCGACCCAUCUUGAAUAUGCAGCAAGAUUUAAUGGAAUGAAACAAAAUUAAAAGCAAAUAUUAAAAAUGUGCAACACAGCUACCCUUCCUGACCAUCUAAAGUGGAUUGUUGGUUCUUCUCUAAUGGCUGGGAGAAUGGAUGAUUUCCUGUUUUCCCAGGAAAAAUGUCUCCAGGAAUGCCAGGAUUUUCCCAUAAAGUUGAGAACUUGUGUGUUAUGCGACUAUCCUUUUGAUGAGGAGGGAAUGAGUUAGGAGGGAGGUUGGUGUUUUCUAAAAAAUGAUCACAAAACUCAGAUCUUUAAAAUACUGAUGUCUGCUCAAAGAUUUAGAAAUGGAUAUUGUGUCUUUUACAGUCUUUUACAGUCUUUUCCGCUAUCCUGAAUUUUAGGGGGAAAUAAUAGGAUGCUUGUAUCUGAAUCAGAACAUAAAUUUAUCUUUUGCAGUUCCUAUGAAAUAUGACAUGCAGGUUUUUGAAGUUUUGAUCUCCAAGUUACCCCAUGUCUUCUUUCCCAAGCACUGUAUGUAAUGUUGUUUAAGCAUUUGUUGGUGGUGGUGUUGCUUAAAAGGAAAAAAUGCUAUUGGAAACUUUAUCAUAGUGAUCAGCAUUCGUUCUUUUUGCACUCAGGUACGUAUCUGGUUAAAUACACAAAUUCCUCCCUGGAGAGAGACCCUCUCAAUGCUGUCUUGUUCACUAAAGUCUCUUAAUGCCUCUAACUCACUCUGCUUAUCAAGUAUUAAGAUCAGAGGGUGUUCCAGAUGAUUUUUAUAUAGCUAGAAAAGGAAAUUUCCUAUUUCUGGCCCUAAUAAAACCAGGUUCAGACUCAUA